AUGCAUUCGGUGGUCCGCCCCAAUGCAUAUGUGGCAUUGCAUCUGUCAUCGGGCCUGCACAAGGUGCUGAAGGUUGCGCCGAAUAUGAAAAUAUCGCUUGGAAAAUACGGCAGCUUCUAUUCGAACCAUAUUAUUGGGCGCCCAUUCCACUUGACAUUCGAGCUUUUGGAAGAGCCAGAAGAAGAUGGCUACAGCCUGCGCAUUGUCCCCGCAGCCGAGCUUCAUGCGGAGGCACUCAUUAGCGAAGGAUCUGGAGAUGUCGACGGCGUGGGGGAGGAGCUGGACGGAGAGAAUUCCGACGACAUGCCCACGCGCACGAACCGAGAUAUUGUCGACGAUAACUCAUCACAGGCGUUAACGCUCGACGAGAUCGAAGAACUCAAACGGAACUCUACAGGCGCGGGCCAAGAAAUCAUUGACAAGCUCCUAGAAUCACAUUCAGCUAUCGACAAGAAGACAGCGUUCUCGCUGGCAAAGUAUAAAGUGCGGAAACGGAGGAAAUACCUCAAGCGAUUCACCGUUUUGCCGUUGGAUGUGAAGAUCUUGACGGAAUAUAUUCUGCAGGGAAAGGAGCCUCAUAAAAUAAUGGAAAUACGAGAUGAAAUGAUCGGCUUGCUCGGAUGCUGGGGAAAUGUGCACCACGCGGGGAAUCUACAAUUAGAGGGCAUGGAGUCGAGUGGGAGAUAUCUCGUGGUGGAUGAUACAGGGGGUCUCGUUGUAGCUGCAAUGGCUGAAAGAAUGGGGAUUCUAUACCCACAAGAUCCAGAUGAAGAGGCCGACGAUAUCUAUGAAGACGAACAUGACGGGGAGUCAACCAAAAAGGAACCCAUAGAAAGUGCUGACGAUGUAAUGGAUGUGAGCGAGAACAAUGGAAUCACGGCCAAUGACACACAAAACAACGAAACAGAAGAAAUGAAUAUUGCGAAUGACGAGAACAGCCGAUCCUCAGUCAGACAACAAUACAUGGCCGCAGGUGACAACAGCAUCACUGUUAUUCAUGCCCACUCACAACCAAACCUCUCAAUUCUCAAAUACUUUGGCUAUGAUGUAGAGGAUCCUGACGAAUCGCAUCCUCUCUAUAAGCACUUGAAGACAGUAUCGUGGUUACAGGUCAUCGAUCCCGAAGCUGACAAUUUAUACCACCGGCGUCCCGAGUCUAUCGACGCGGAGAUUCUGAAAACCUGGAAACCUAGACAGCGCGGGACAUAUUAUCGCAAACACACUCGAUGGGCUCGUAUACGGAGUGUUGUUGAUGAAGUACGUGCCGGUGGGUUUAACGGUCUGGUAGUUGCCAGCCUCAUGGAGCCUGAAUCUGUGCUACAAUACGCCGUACCUCUGCUUCGCGGCGGAGCUUCGACAGUCGUUUACUCGGCCGCCGUGGAACCGCUCACCAGAUUGAUGGACCAAUACUCGACCCCUCGUCGUUCAGCAUUUAUCCUUAAAAAGAAGGAUCUUGAGAAGAAAAGGGCCCAGCUCACCACGUCUUCAGAGACUGUCGAUCUCCCUUCGAUUGAGUCGACGCUCGCCUUGGAAUUCCCUCUCGACCCGACCCUUCUUAUAGCUCCAAUGCUUCAGACUUCGCGCGUCCGUCAAUGGCAGGUUCUCCCUGGCCGAACGCAUCCACUGAUGUCUGACCGUGGCGGUGCGGAGGGAUACAUCUUCCACGGUCUUCGAGUAAUACCUGCAACAGAGCAUAUUUCUAGCGGAGCUCAAGCUCGUCGGAAAAAGCGGAAGCUGGAAGAAGUUGACACGGCCCCAAGUACCGAAAUCUCAACGCCAACAUGA